AAUGAAGAAGAAGUCAGAAGAGUCCCGAUAUCUGCGGCACAACAUGAUAUGAAAGUCGCAAGAAUUUGGACAAUAUGUAUACAUUUGAUUAUCUAGAUAUUAGACCAUUGCACAAAGACGAUAUAAAUAUUGCUUUUGAUCUGGAAAAAGAAGGUUAUCCAGAGGACGAAGCAGCCACUUACGACAUACUCAACUAUAGACACACAGAAGCACCAGAAUUAAACAGAGGUUGUUUCCAUGGAGAUGAACUUAUAGGAUUCGUGUCAGCAACACGUUACCAUGAAGAUUCACUAAAAGAUGAAGCCAUGAAUAUGCAUAUACCUAAUGGUGAAAGUGUAUGCAUUCACUCAGUAUGUGUCAAAGAAUCACGUCGACGUCAGGGUGUAGCGACACACAUGCUUAAAGAAUUUAUAAACUAUGUCAAACACGAGGAGAAAGAUGCUCAUAGAAUUCUGUUGAUCUGCAAAUCUAAACUGAUACCCUUGUAUACCAGAGCAGGAUUUAUCUUCAAAUGCAAAUCAAACGUUGUUCAUGGAAAAGAAACAUGGUAUGAGCUAGAAGUGCAAUUAAAGUCGAGUAAAAAGUGCGAGGAACUAAACUAUAAUGGUUAUUAAACUAUAAAAUGGCCCAUACUUAUAUGUCUUUAAAUGAAUUAUGUUUAUUUGCAAUCAUUUUAAUUUGUGCAAUCUGUUAUUAAAAACCUGUGAUAUAAAGCAAUACAAAAGUCAA